AUGUUCGUGUUGCAGGUGCGAGACCUUGGCCUCGGCUACGACUCGGACGAAAUGGUGCUGUUUAAGUACUGCAGUGGUGCGUGCCCGCGUGUGCCCUCCAACCACGAGCUGACCCUCACCAAUCUGCGCUUGAGCGGUGCUCUGCCCCCCACCGAGACCUGGCACCACAUGCCAUGCUGCCGCCCGACGCGGCAUGAGGACAUGGCUUUCCUCGACAACGCCCACCGCUGGCACAAGGUCGAGAAGCUCUCCGCCUCUGCCUGCUCCUGCAUCGGCUGAAAAAAU